GGAAGGUGUGCAUGGUGACUGGAGGAACGGGAAUGGUCGGGAAGGCGAUCGAGCAUGAAAUCAAGGCGCAGCGGCCGGAGGGCGAGAAAUGGAUUUUCCUGUCGAGGAAGGACGCUGAUCUGCGAGACCCAAUCCAAAGAUGUAGAAUUUGGUUGCAAAGAAGGCUUCCAGAAUCAACGAAGUCUGCACACAUGGUUUGAAUAAAUGAAAGAUUUCCAAAGGGAAAUCCAGAAUCUUGCAACCAUGAGAUGAAACAGGAAUUGACUGAAAUUGUUCACAAGCCACAUUACCUGCUGAUGGUGGACAGUAAAACUCACAUUUGCUGUUUGAUAUCUCUAGACCAAGAGCAGAGAGAGAUGGCUUGAGAUCCUCAAAUGCUGACAUUAUCUUAUAUGGUAGCCCCAGUAUGAUAAUAUUAUCCAGGUAAGCUAGCACUGUGACAUCAUCAUGAUUAGAUUGAACUUUAAGAAGAACAGGGUGUAUAGCAGUGGAAAACAAUGCAGGCCCCAAAGGGUCGCCUUGAUGGACACCUUCCUGCAAUGACAAACUGACAGUUGAAUUGCCUUGACAGAUGAUGAGAUCAUUGAAACCCAAAUACAUCUUUGAAACAUGAUUUCCAAUAUCAGGAAAUGACUCAUAAACUUGGCGAAUCAUAUCAUUCCUGAUGACAGAGUAAAUGCACAUUUGAUAUUCGUUUUCAGUAGUACCCAGUCCUUGUUGGACUCAAGAAGUAGUUGGAUUUGGUGCACCAGAAGCUCAAACCCCCCUUCAGUGGCUACUCCAUACUGCAGAGGAGAAAAGAAAUCAGAGAAUUCCUUCUUUUGAGCACAUGUAGCACAUGCAGCAAGUCUCCUAAAACACUCACCAAUGGCUAUUGGCAUACAUCACCAUUUGGUUUAGGUAAGGCAAUAAGGCGAGCUGCACUCAGGACUUUGAUUGCACAAACAGGAAGUGUGCCUUUGGCAAUCAAAGAACAAAUAUGAUUAAGGCCACGAAGAGUCAUAGAAUUCUGCAGCAAAACUCGGCAAUGUUCAUAUCUCCAUGCAGAAGGGCCAGGACUGGAACCUCUAGGGGAUGACACGAUUGCUGCUGAUAGUUGACGAGUUGUAAUUUGAAUGCCAGCUCUUUCAGAAUUGCCCUGGAAACAAUCCUGGAUAUCUUUGACUCGAGAAGGGUGUUUGUUGACCAAACGUGCUAUAAUGUCUUCAGUCACAGGAGCUAGCCCUGAGCCCUAGCCACUCAUGAGAGUUCACCACAUUUCACUAACCGUAAAGCAUCUUGUUUGUUUGAUUCUUUUGUACUUGAUUUGAAUGACUUUUACCAGCUGGAAGCCUAUCGAGCUGCACCAGCUGAUCCCAUUAAAAGGCAAGAAAUGUGCGGAAAAUGAUUUUAGAUGACUUAUGCAUGACUUGCCUCCUGGGUAGGCUCACAGGUGACAGCAACAUCAUUGGAAGAAGAAAAAGAAGUUUCCAAGCAGCUUCGUCCUUUGGUCUUCAUCUAACUGGAAUAUGACAGCACAUCAUUCCUGGAAAAGACCUCGAACAGCAGGCUUGACUGAUUGAACAGUUUGCAGAGGUACAGAUGACAAAAUGGCCACCAUCAAAAUGUCCCAUAUAUACUGCCAUGCCGACAAUUCAAUGUCUGUUGAGUCACCACGUCUGUCACAGUCACUAGCAAGAGGCACACUAGUUAGCACUUCUUUGUUGGGAAGCUUUGUAGACGUGGUUGUGAACUUCUGGAGAGAAUCCUCGCCACGUGCAUGUGUCUCACGAGUGACGGCCAACAUCUCUGAUAAGCGCUCAGAACCAAGUCCAUCUAAUCAUUUCUUUCAUUGUGAUGGGUGUUGGCCCAGUUUCUGGAACCAUUUCUUGCAAUAGGCACAUUGUAGAAGACUGGCUGAUGACAAACUCCUUGGUAACUCGUCAUUGGAAUGGGAGAAUGUGAUCUAACAAUCGUUUGCGUGGCCCAGACACCGCACAUGAUGAAAACGGACAAGAGAGAUCUUGUGGCAUCUCCUGCAAAAGGAACGUCAGACUCCAGUGCAGUCACCAUGAACAGCCGGAGGGAGAAUAUGCUGAUCAACGACUGUGUUCUCCAUUGUUGCUAUGAGUUCCAGGUGCAAAAAUGUGUGUCAUGUCUAUCUACGUGCAUUUUUCCUGACAAGACUACAUAUCCUAUAGAUGAGACAAUGAUUCACGAUGGUCCACCACAUGAAUCAAACUUUGGCUAUGCUUACGCAAAAAGACUAAUUGACAUCCAAAACAGAGCAUAUCAUGAGCAAUAUGGCUGCUGUUUUACCAGCGUUAUUCCAACAAACGUAUUUGGUUUAUACGACAAUUUUGAGUUGGAGGAUAGCCAUGUCAUUCCUGGACUCAUACACAAAUGCUAUAAUGCAAAACGAGACGAUACACCGCUGACUGUGUGGGGUAGUGGUCGACCACUGAGGCAAUUUAUUUUUGCAGAGGACCUUGCUAAAUUGAUGGUGUGGGCGCUGAGAGAAUAUGACGAAAUCAGUCCACUUAUUUUGUCAGUCGAUGAAGACCAAGAAGUAUCAAUACGAGAAGUAGCUGAGAUGGUAGCAAAAGGGAUAGAGUUUAAAGGAAAACUGGAGUUUGAUUCAAGCAAGUCAGACGGUCAGUUCAAGAAAACAGCAAGCAAUGCCAAGUUGCGAAAAUUUCUGCCAAAAUUUCAGUUCAGUAACUUGGAAAAAGCUAUCGAAGAGACUGUCGACUGGUUCAUACUGAACUAUGACGAGCUAAGAAGAUGAUGAAAAAUAGUUUCAGACAUGCUGUAGUAGCAGAUGUUGUCGAGUUGCUACAAGUAUUUAUUGCCAUACUUAGGUAGUGGCUAGUCUCGCGUAGCCAGACCUUAACCUCGCCCUCAACAUUCCAUCGGGAAUCGGUUCGUUUGAUGUUGCCAUCACCGAAUCUGGUGUACUAAAGAUCCUAAUUAAAUGCUAUAAAGAGGCAAGAUGAUAUUACCGCUCCUCGU